AAAGACGCCGUGAUUGCAAGCUGGUCCCGGGCUCUCUCCCUUCUGGAGGAAACAUGGACGACAAGUGUGCCCUUCGGGAGGAGACGGAGCAACUGGUGGCCGACUACCUGGACUACUGCUGCCGGCGGGAAGGCUUCCAGGAACAGCCGCCGACUACCCCGGCAGCCGCUACGAUGCGCUCGGUGGCGAAGGAGCUCCGCCAGCGUUACCAGGACUUCUUCGAGUGCGCCCGGAACCAGCUGCUCGACCAGUCGCCGGAGCAAGUCAUAACCGAGGUAGCGGAGCUCAUGAACCAGCGCGAGUUCAACUGGGGCCGGGUGGCGGUGCUGCUGGUUUUCGCCGGGGCGUUACUAGAGAUGGAGGAACCACAGAAAGAGGAGCGAGUGCUGCAGCUCCGGAGGGAAAUGAGCCAGCGCUUGACGGAGAAACUCUGCAACUAUCUGGUGGAGAAGAAGGGCGCGUGGCUGCAGGAGAACGGAGGCUGGACUGGUUUUCACCACCACUUCACCAAAAAGCAGUCUCCCCCACAGAGUGACCCAAGUAGUACUCUGUGCUGUAUAAUGGCCGCAGCAGCAGGAUUUGGACUAGUGGGAUUAGCUCUUCUGUUAGCCGUACGAUAAUGGAUUUUAAACUGUUUAUACCAAUCUUGGAAGUAAAGACCUAAGAGAUUUGGAAGAGGACCAGGUGCAAAAGAGAGAAUGGCCUCAGUUGUUAAUUACCAUCUGUUAAGAUGAUUAAAGCUGGAAGAAGAAACCGGAUGAACAUGGAACCACCUCAUCACGACCGUUAAAUGUUCAUCUUUUGGUUUUUGAUUAAGAAGCUUGCAUCUUGAACAUGGCCAUAACUGAUGAAUUAACUGUUCUCUCUGACCAGUGCUUUCUCUCCUCCCCACCCCCCCCCCAUUCUCCUCAUAAACUGGUUGGCUGUUCAAAGGCUUUUGUGGAAGGGGACUUGAAAUGUUGGUACUUCAUAUUCCAUAAAAAGUAGUUUAUAAUAUGUCUUGUAAGGUGCUGGAGUGAAGCCUCAUGUCUUAUUCAAGAUUUCAAAUGCCUUUAAUAAUGGGUAUCUGAUACCUUUCCUUAUGAAGUGUUGGAUGGCUACAGUUUAGUAGACAGCUCAAAGUCCUCUGAAGUCUGGAAUUUCUGGGGUCUCUGUUUCAAUAGAUCUUAAUAUAUUUUCAAAGUAUUUAUCACUUCAGCGUAGCAUCUUUUUAUUCGUUUUUUAAAUACGUUCUAUUAAAAUCAUUUUCUUAUGAA